UCCUCUCGAAUGUUAAAAAGUAAAAGCCCAGUCGUUCUUCGCCAGUCUCGUCUUCGGCACGCUCUCUUCCUCCAUUCCUGAACUCCGUCGCCCACAUCGACAACGUCAAACUGUCCUAACCGGCGUCGUUUCUUUGUCCCGUGCUAGUCUUCGCUGUGAGUAGGUGUUGUUGCAGUCAAAUCGUUUUGGGAUACUCCAAAGUUGCAUACGUAACUUGCCAGAAGAUUGACUGAGAUGGCAAAGGACAAACUGAAGAAAUCUCAUCGCGUAGCAGAUGAAGUUGAACCAGCUAAUGAACAUGUGCAAUCUGAUAGGAAAGCAGCGUUACCUGCAGAGAGCAAAAAAGCUAAGAAAAGGCAAGCUGCUGAACUUGAUCCUGAUCUUCCAACCAUAACGGAGGAGGUGAAUUUUGAUGUAGAUCAAAGUGAGGUUGCAGAUGGAGUCCUUGAUUUUGACGUGCAUGAGCCAACGAUGGGAGAAAAACUUGCUAGUCUCACUUUGCAAGGUGAAAAUGACAAAUCCAAGAGUGGCAAGGAACUAGAAUCUUCAGCGCUAACAAUGCCUCCAAGUGCAAACUCAGUAGAUGUUUUGCUCAAGCAAGCAUUGCAUGCUGAUGAUCGUGCCCUGAUACUAGACUGCUUGUAUACACAAGAUGAGAAGGUUAUCCAGAAGUCAAUUUCACAAUUGAAGAUAUCCGAUGUUCUUAAAUUUUCAAACUUCCUUGUAUCCAUUGUUGAGUCUAGGGGUGCAAUUUUGGCGUGUGCUGAACGGUGGUUGAAAUGUCUGCUUCUAGAACAUGCGACCGUAAUAAUAUCCCAGGAAUCUUCAUUCCAGUCUUUGAAUUCUUUGGAUCAGCUGAUUGGUUCUAGGGUCUCCACUUUCAAUUCCGCCAUUGAAUUGUCAAGCACCAUAGACCUCCUUUUCGCUAGAGAUAUUGAUGAGGAGGCAGAUGAAGGAGAACAAACAGUGCCAUUUAUCUACGAGGACCAGCAUAGUGAUGAAGAAUCUGAUGACGCAAUGGAUACUGACCAAAAUACUCGAGAUGAAGAACAAUCCGGUGAUGCAUUUGACAGUGACGAGGACACUGAAGGAGAUGAUGAUGUUGUUAUUGAGUGAUUUGUUCUUUUUAUAACUUUCAUGAUAUAUACUAGUUCUAGCUGAGAGAAAUUUUGUCCAUUAACGGCUAAAUGUCAUUCCAUAUUUUUGUAAUUGCUGGGUUUUGUGAACACAGGAAAAGUGAUCAAAAAGAAUAUUUAUAUUGCCA